CGCUUGCUUGUGACUUGGAUGCAUUCAAGAUCUGCAAUGUGUCACAUUGUUUCGGCUUUUUGAUUGAGCACAUCAAGAUAUAAAUAGUCAAUGUGACUUUUUCUAAUCACAGUCACAAUUAUUUCUUUCUUAUGAAGCAUUGUUUUGCUGUAGGCUUAACGAAAAAAGCAUUUUUAUGAGAAAAUUAUAAUGAAACUGUUUUGCUCUGAGACCGGAUGUGCGUUCAGUUCACUUGAACGUUUGCUACGUUGAAGAACGGUUUGUACUGAACGACACGUUACCCGCAAACGUUAUUGUAUGUUCUUGAACAGACUUCGAACUACGGUUUCUCCGGUUUGGUGGGUGUGGCUUUAAGCAAUGAGUGACGUUUUAAAGGGGAGUGGCUAUUCUAACAGCGUUCCCCAACUGGUUGUGCAGCAGAUAUGCGGUUGUCAGAUGAUAUACUCUCACCUUGAAGCGGCAAUCUGCAGUUUAAACAACAACAAAGAUUUGGCAAUUUUUUAUUGUACCUUUACUAGGCAAGUCAGUUAAGAACAAAUUCUUAUUUUCAAUGACGGCCUAGGAACAGUGGGUUAAUUGCCUGUUCAGGGGCAGAACGACAGAUUUUGUACCUUCUCAGCUAGUCCAAUGCUCUAACGACUAGGCUACCCUGCCGCCCCAAACGGCUGAGGCUGGAGAAUUGUAACCACAGAAUUCAAAGACAGAGCUAUUGAUUAAAGAACUGACCAUCCAUGAGAUCAUUAAAAGUUUUAACCAUGUUUUGAAGCUAUAUAGAGUUUGUUUACAAAGGAGUAAAACAAGUGUAUAUUUUGGAUUCUGAUGGAGUUACAGUUUAACUAAGUCCAUGAACAAUGUGUAAGAUAUACUCUACAAUAAUCAAUUGCUAUAUAUCAUUAAUUUAAAUGUCCGGAAAUGUUACAAUCGCAGAUUGCCCCUUUAACCAUGCUCACAGGCGCUACCCCAAAAGAGAAACAGGAAGUUAUGGAGAAGUUGCAACGAUGUUGCCUGUAAAGUUGCGCCCAUUUGAAUUGGAACGCACAAGUUCCUAGGCUACUGCCAUAUCCGCGAAAAGGGCACGAUGUUAUCAACAUUGCUCCUGCUUGGUCUGGUCGUUUCAUGUGAGUCAGACUUCGCUCCAGCUGUGGUCAACGUCAGCUUGGAUGAUCCCCCAGAAGUGCGAUGGGCGCCUCUAUUUAAAGUUUUUGAUGUCGACUACCUGGUGAAAGCAGGUGCUGAAGUGAUUGAUGCCACUGUUCCAAAAUGGGUGCAUCAUGCGGUAACUCCGGUUGUGGAGGCCUUGGAGAAGUAUGUACCACCUCCAUACGCAGGGGAGAUCAGAGGAAUGGCCUCAUAUUUUCGAGGGAGCCUUUCCGAUAUCAUCCUUCUCAACUUUGCCUAUGAGAUAUCCGCGUUUUGCACUAGUAUUGUAGCUCAGGACACAAGUGGACGUUUGUAUCAUGGCAGGAACCUUGACUACCCACAUGAUAUACUCCGGAAUCUCACCAUCAAUGUUCUCUUUCUCAAAAAUGGAACGGUGGCUUAUCGUGGUACAUCUUUUGCUGGCUAUGUCGGGCUGUGGACCGGACAGAGUCCAAAUAAAUUCACAGUCUCUGGUGACCAGCGUGGUGAAGACCACUGGUGGAAUUGGUGGAAGAACUGGGUCUCUGCUUUCCUGCUGAAAAGAUCUCCAGUCAGCUGGCUGGUGAGAGAGACGUUGGAGGAAGCAGCAGACUUUCAGGAUGCUGUGAUGCGGCUGUCCAAAAUCCCAAUCAUCACAAGUGUGUACUACAUCGUUGCCGGAGUAAAGCCUGGGGAAGGAGUGGUGGUUACCAGGGACAGGAAGGGCCCAGCUGAUAUCUGGCCUCUGGAACCCUUAAAUGGAGGGUGGUUCAGAGUAGAGACCAACUUCGAUCACUGGCUGCCGCCUCCUGCAAAGGAUCAUCGCAGAGAUGCAGCCAACAAAGCAUUAAAUGCAACUGGUCAAGAUAAUAUCAAUAUGGAUACAAUGUAUAAGGUCCUGUCAAUGAACCCAGUAUGUAACAGGAUUACUGUUUUCACAACAACAAUGAGUGCAGCCAGCCCUGAGAAAUACAACACAGAGGUCAGACCAGAGGGCUGCCAUAGCAAUGAAUAAAGCUGAGUCGUGGACCAAAACCAUGAUUAUGUUGUUUUCCAGAAAGGGCAGAGCAGAGAUUUUCUGCAUUAAAAGUGCCUUUUUUAAAUGUUUUAUUCCAUGAGUUAUUUAUUUUUUUAGGUGAUAAAAUGUAAUAUAUUUUUUACCCAAAAUGUUAUUUGGAAAUAUGAAUUAUGAUUAUGUCCACACACAUUGAGUCUAGUAUUUUAGAGUGGUGAACAUGAUUAUAUUUAAAUAACGCUCAUUUAAUUUUGAUGAAUUCAUGCAACAUAAAAUGCCUUAUGUGAAUUUAUACAGAUCAUCCACUGUCAAAAUGAGUAAUAAAACUAGUAAUACAAAUCCAAUGUUUCUACAUUGUUGACCUAGCAGAGAGCUACUGUUACUGCCACAAAAUUAAUACAUCAGUAAUACAAACCUUUUGAAUUUUAGAAAUAAUACAGAAAUAAUGUCUCUGGUGCCUGCAUGUGAAAUAUUCAUUAUUUAGAGAAGAAUGUUAAAACAAGUGUUACGUU